AUGCGCACAACCUCUACAAGUCAGUGUGCUGUUCCCUGCCCUCCAAGUUUCUGGGCUGCUCGCUCCCUACUUGCUGUUGCAUUUCCACUCCUCAAUGCUGAUGCUGCUUCUGGCGGCGCUGCUGGCACUGGCGGUACUUGUUUGCAGCCCACAACCCUCUGCUUCUUCUCCUCCCCCACUCCACUUCCCACCAUCCAAACUAGACACGCGCAAGGCACCAACACGUCCAUAGGCAUUGACAUUGACACGGGUGCCCUCACAGACAUGAAGGAGCUGGGGGUGAGUGGUGGGGAGUGGUGGGGAGUGGUGAGGGAGAUUGUUGGGGAAGUCUGUGUGGCGCCGUAUGCAGUGAAGGUGCAGACAGUGAAAACAGUCAUCGAGGCGGCGUGCAUGCUGCUGGGCAUCGAUGACAUUGUCAGCGGGCUCAAGAAGAAGCAGGCGGGCGGCAUGUGUGUGGUGUGGGAGCCGUAUGCGGUGAAGGUGCGGACGGUAAAGACGGCCAUCGAGGCGGCGUGCAUGCUGCUGCGCAUCGACGACGUCGUCAGCGGGCUCAAGAAGAAGCAGGCGGGCGGCGCACCAGGAGGGGGCAAGCCACAGCUGGACACGGGGGAUGACGUUGACUCGGAGCAGAUGCUGGCCGAGUGA